AUGUACCAGAAUCCAGUCUUCUCUACCUUGUGGAAAAAUGACUUUCGUAUCACAAAGGAGACAUUUGAUUACAUUUGCCAGUUGGUUGGACCAGACCUUUCAAGGCAAAAUACUUGCUUCUGAAAGGCUGUUGCUUUGAACAAGUGCGUGGCAAUUGCGUUAUGGAGAAUGGGAACCGGCAAUUCGUAUAGAACGACGGGAAUAACAUUCGGACAAGGAAAAUCUACUGUAAUAAAGAUAUGUGAAAACUUUAUGGAAGCCUUAAUACGCCACAAAGACGAUUUUAUACGGUUCCCAGAUGAUCCGCUGGAUGUUACACUGGCUAUGAGGAGGAGUGAAAGUUUAGCUGGAUUUCCAAAUGUUGUUGGAGCAAUGGAUAUCUCAUAUCGCCAUAAAAGCACCCCAUGUUAAUCAUGAAGAUUAUUUUAACAGAAAGCAAAACUAUUCAAUUAAUUUGCAAGGAGUAGUCGAUGCAACUGGUAAAUUUAUAGAUGUCAGCACAGGAUGGCCAGUAGUAUUCACGAUGCCAGAGUAUUGAGACUUAGUACACUGUACCAAAAAACAAUCUUAUUUUGACUGAGCCAGUGAAACGCAUUAAUGAAGUAACUGUGCGCCCCCUUCUGAUUGGUGAUUCUGCUUACCCCUUACUGCCCUGGCUGGUUAGUCCUUAUCCCCAUUCCCAUAACCUUAAUCGAAAUCAGGCCAAGAAAGGGCCUUUGGAAAACUGAAGUGUCGUUGGAGGUGCCUAUUAAAGCUACUUGAAGAAAAGACACCUAAAGUUCCACAUACUAUUCUGACCUGU